CACAGUUAUCGCGCCCGGGAACAUGUUGGCGAACGUCGGCGCAUGCUUGAAACAAAAGGCUGGCCCUGCGGCGGGGAAAGCUGCGAAAGGGUUCGUACGGACCCACACCCAUGUGGUCUACCAGGGUGUUAGUCGGCUCGUAGCACACGGUCAUACAGCCCCAAAGAGGCUGGCCCUCGGAUCUCUUAAUGUACCUUUCGUUCGUGCAUUUGAGAAGCCUCCUCCCUUUCCCAGCGCCUGAGGGCAGGAACCGUUGGCAGUGAGCAUCAUGGCUUCUCCAAUUCCCAACCGUGGCUCCGAGCUGUACGCCAUCGACAUUGCGUUUCUCGCCGCGGCAGUCAUCGCCUACGGUCUGCGUGUAUAUGUGCGCACCCGAAUGAUCAAGUCGUUCGGCAGGGAUGACUAUCUGAUGGCUGCGGCUACAGUCGCAUUCAUUGCAUACUGUAGUUCUUCGAUGCUUGGUGUGCAUUACGGCACUGGAAGACAUCGGUGGCACCUCACUGUCGAAAACUACGCCAAGGGGCGGCACUGCUGGUGGUUCUGCUACCUUUUCUACUGCUGCUCAAUGAUCACCUCAAAACUGUCCAUCGGAUUUUUCAUCCUCCGCAUUGCCGUUAAGAAGAUCCAUAUCUGGAUCAUCUACUCGGCCAUGAUGAUAUCUGUUGUGGCAGGCCUAGCGUUUUUCUUUGUCACGCUUUUCCAGUGCCACCCUAUAUCGUACUUCUGGAACGACUACUCGCAAAGCGGAAGCUGCGUCAACAUCGAGAUCAUCAUUGCACUGGGCUACUUGUACAGCUGCUUCAGCAUCAUUUCCGACUUUACGUUCGCGAUCCUACCGGCAUUCCUGGUCAUGGGGUUGCAGCUCAAAAAGAGAACCAAGAUUGCGCUGAUUCCCCUUCUGGCUAUGGGCUGCAUUGCAAGCGCUGCGGUGGUCGCCCGCGUUCCGUAUAUGAAGCAAUUCCGAUCGAAAGAUUUCUUGUGGGAAACAACUGACAUCGCAAUCUGGUCCACUGUCGAGCAAGGCUUAGCUAUCACCGCGGGCAGUCUCGCCGCCGUCCGCCCUCUCUUCCAAAUGAUCUUGACCAAGCUCGGCCUCACCACCCAACGCUCGACAGUGCCCCUUACUCCGUACGGCUACGGCAACCGAUCGGGCUCGCAUGCCUUCCGGGAGCGACGCCCCUCUGCAGCCAAAGACCUCGACCUAUACACGCUCUCCGCCGAAGCCGAAUCUGGAACAGUUCGCGACAACAGCACCGACCUUGUCAUCAAUGACGCCAACAAGGAACUUCCGAAGCCACCACACUGGUAUGAGACGCAGAUGAAGAAGAUCAAGCGAAGUUCCAAGAUGAUGCCGGAAAGUAAAACAAUCGGCGAUAAUGAGAGUGAGAAGAGCCUGCGGUUGAAAGAGAGCAAGAGUGAGCACGAUCUUACCCCUUCACGGACUCACUCGGACGAGCGGUCGAUGCAGAUCAUGGUGGAGAGAAGUUUCUUCGUAACGGACGCCGAAAGGAGGAGUUAUGUCGAGCAACAGGAUCAUAAGGGGUGAUCCAGGUCGCUCUGAACCAGUGCACGACAUUCACUACUUCCAAUUAUACCCACCCACUUUGCCGGUGAUGACCACCCACUCGGUUUUGCCGUCGCCAUAUGCCAGUCCCGCGUGGCACGGGACAGAAAAGCAUUUCGAGAGAUGAAUUGGAGUGCUGAGGCAUUGCGUCUGAUGGACGCGGAUCUGGGUCAUUUUCAAGGCGCCACUACGGCAGGCCGAGAGAUGCUGAAGCAAUGGGGAAGCAAACUCGAGAUAUACCAACGAGCACACGGCCGUCACCAGUUUCUUUGUAUACCACCGCAAGCUGCAUAGCUUUAUAAUAGAAGCGAUCCGCUUCGAGAAGGGCAGGAACCCAACUUAAUAAUUCCACAUGUCAUUUCGUGUAAGAUCCAUCCAUUCGUGAUCACUUACUGAAGGCCGACGUCAGCGGAUGACACAGCU